CACAGAAAAAACUCCUCAAGUCAUGUCGGCAAACGACACGUGUUCGACAUCAAACAUUUUUAAUAAUGUUCCCAAACUUGUCGUCUCGAAGGCUGAUAGCCAGAGCAAUGCAGUGGAGUGGAAGAAGUGGUGGCAGAGUUUCCAAAUGUUCCUUCUCGCCACGAACCUGGAAGCUGCGUCCGAAAAACGUAAAAUAGCCAUAUUGCUACACACUGUCGGUGAAAAAGGCGUGGAGAUUUACAAUUCUUUUAACUUGGAUUUAGAGAAGAUAACAUUAUCGGAAGUAAAAAACAAAUUUGACAAUCACUUUGAGCCACAAAAAAGCCUAACGAUGACACGUCAUUCAUUUUUCACGAGGGUCCAAAAAGAUGAGGAAACUAUUGAUUGUUUCAUCACUGACUUGCAGAACAAAGCAAAUAAAUGUGAGUUUGGAGAGCUAAAAGACUCAUUAAUCAGAGACAUCUUCAUAGCGAACAUGAGUUCCAAAUUGAUUAAUGUGAAGCAAAGAUUACUGCAAGAAAACAACCCUACUCUUGAAAGAACACUUACACUAGCAAAAACCGUCAUCAUGGCGCAAGAAAAUGCUCAAAAAAUUGAGAGUACACAAUGUCCAGACACAGUCAUGCACAUACAAAGGCAAAGACCAAGGUCAAGGUCCAGAGGUUCUUCAAAUAAACAAAGUAUGUCACAUAGUCAAGUCAAGUCAAGGCAACGCAGUCAGAGUCCAUUUAGUCAGCGCAGUGCCAAUAACAAAACCUGUGGACGGUGUGGUCAAUUUCAUCGCUUCAAAUGCCCAGCUCAAGGAGGUCUUGGAUGUCUACCUCCUGUUUGUCGCUUGAAGCUUCAGGACAAUGCAGUACCAUGCGUUGAUCCUCCUAGAAAAGUUCCAUUUGGAUUAUAUAGCAAAUUAAAAGAAGAAUUGGAUCGCAUGUCGGAAAUGAACGUCAUAGAAAAAGUCACACAUCCUACUGAAUGGGUAAAUUCUGUUGUAGUCACUGUCAAAAAGUCAGGUCAGUUAAGAAUUUGUCUUGAUCCUAGGAAUUUAAAUAAAUACAUUAUCAGAGAACAUUAUCCUCUUAAAAGUAUAGAUGAAAUUAGGUCAAUAUUAAAAGGUGCUUCUUAUUUUUCACAUCUUGAUGCUUUUUCUGGCUUUUGGAUGCUUAAACUAGAUAGUGCGAGCUCAGAUCUUUGCACAUUUCAAACACCUUUUGGUCGUUAUCGUUAUUUAAGAUUACCUUAUGGUAUUAAUGCUGCGUCAGAAAUUUUUCAUCGAGUAAUGACAGAAAUUUUUGCUGAUCUCGAAGGAGUCUUAGUUUUUGUCGAUGAUAUUCUAGUAUAUGGGGAAACAGAAGAAAUUCAUAACAAAAGAUUAUAUAAAGUCAUGCAGAGAGCAAGAGAAGUCAAUUUAAAAUUAAAUAAAGAUAAAUGCAAAUUUUCAGUCAAAGAAGUAUGUUUUUUAGGCUAUGUCUUUACUAAAGAAGGUGCUAAGGUCGAUCAGGAAAAAGUCAAGGCUAUUGUCAACAUGCCUACCCCAACUAAUGUCAAAGAACUACAAAGAGUCUUAGGUAUGAUAAAUUAUUUAGGUCCUUUCAUUCAAAACAUGUCGGAAAAAACUCAAGUUUUAAGAAAUCUUCUAAAAAAAGACUCAGUCUGGGUCUGGGAUGAAAAUUGUGAAAAAAGUUUCCAAUCUUUAAAAAAUGCAAUCACAAAUGCACCUGUCUUAGCUCAUUACAACCCAAAUAUACCUAUAGUCUUGUCAGUCGAUUCAUCAAAGAAAGCAUUAGGAGCAGUGCUCAUGCAAAAUAAACAGCCUAUAGCCUACAGUUCUAAAACUCUAACUACAACUCAAGAAAGAUACGCUCAAAUAGAAAAAGAGUUAUUCGCUAUUCAAUUUGGUUGUGAAAAAUUUCACCAAUAUGUCUAUGGCAAUAGGGUCACUGUACAUACAGAUCACAAACCCUUAGUCUAUUUAUUUAAAAAACCUUUGCACGAUGUACCAGCACGUCUACAAAGAAUGAUGCUUGCUUUACAGGCUUAUGAUUUAAAUGUAAUUCAUGUGCCUGGUAAAGAAAUGUACAUAUCAGAUACAUUGUCUAGGGCAGCUUUAAAAGAAAACUAUAUUCCAAAUUAUGAGUCAGAUUUGUCAUGUCAUGUAAAUGCAGUAUAUUCUAACUUGGCUAUAAGUGAAGAAUACAAAAAUAAAAUUUUACAAGCUACUAAAUUAGAUGGUCAAUUGCAAAUGUUAAAAAAGUACUGUCAGAAUGGAUGGCCUACUAGUAAAAAUCAAGUAGAUCCUUUAUUGAAGUCAUACUGGAAUAUUCAGGCGGAAAUUCAUGUCAUUAAUGAUUUAUUGUUUAAAAAUGAUAGAUUAAUUAUUCCAAAGUCAAUGCAAAAUGAAAUGUUAACGAAAGUCCAUGAAGGUCAUCAAGGCAUCAAUAAGUGUCUAAGUCUUGCUAGAAAUAUUAUUUUUUGGCCAAACAUGAGUGCAGAUAUAAAAAAUUUAGUUGAUCAAUGUUCUAUUUGUGCUAAAUUUAAGCCUAAUAAUCAGUCAGAGCCAUUGCAAAGCUAUAAUAUAAGCAAAUUUCCAUGGCAGCAAGUAGGUAUUGAUUUAAUGCAUUUUAAUAACAAAACUUAUUUAGUUGUCACAGAUUAUUAUUCAAAAUUUAUUGAAUUAGCAAUGCUGAACAGUAAAUAUACAGCUUCUAACAUAAUAAUACAGUUAAAAUCUAUUUUUGCACGCCACGGGAUACCAGUCUCCCUGGUUUCCGAUGGUGGUCCACCUUAUAAUUCAGCAGAGUUUAAAUCAUUUCUAUAUAAUUGGGAUAUUGAACAUAAACUUACAAGUCCAUACCACCCAAAGUCUAACGGUCAAGCUGAAAGUUCUGUCAAAAUUAUGAAAAAUUUAUUAAAAAAAUGUUUGGAGUCUAAUAAAGAUCCAUACAUGGCUUUAUUACAGUAUAGAAAUACACCUAAAGCAAAUUUUCCAUCUCCAGCUCAGUUAUUAAUGUCCAGAAAUCUAAGAAUGCAUAUACCAGUCACUAAUAAAAAGCUUAAACCUAAAGUAGUCACCUUCAGUGAUUAUAAAAAAAGUUUUGAUAAAGACCGAGCACAAAGUAGAAGUUAUUACAAUAGAAAUAAAAAACCAUUACCACUUUUACAACCUGGUGAUCAUGUCACUUUUAAAAAGAAUCCUAAUUCAGACUGGCUUCCUGCUAUUGUUAAAGAAAGGUUAAAGUGUCAGAGGUCAUACAUAAUAGAAGACAGUAAAGGUAAUAGGUACAGGAGAAAUAGAGUACAGAUAAGGUUCACGUCCAAUGAAAGUUGUCACAAGUUCGAUUCCGAGGUGCCAUCCAAUGCUUCUGAAACCCAAAUUAGUCAAAGGGAAGAGGAACCAAGCGAGAGACAGGUGGAAGCAGACCAUGAUUCAUUUACAGAUUCAUUCAUGGAUUCAGUUCAUAAACCUAAGGAAUUUUACAAGUAUGUGACUAGAUCUGGUAGAGAAAUUAAAUUACCUAUGAAAUAUGAUUUGUAACUUUUUAACUAAAUGUAACUUUAAAUGUAAUUUAAAACUUAUACUUUUAUAUGUAAAACUUAAACUAUUAUAUUAUGUACCUAUGUAAAAAAUUGUCUCUUUGUAAUUAACUAAUUAGCAAUUUACUCAAUAAUGUCAUGUCAUGUCAUAGUGUUCAACUUCUUAAAAUGUCAACUAAAAAAUUGUAAUAAUUUAUUUAUUUAAAAAGGGAGAUGUUGUAUAAAGUCACCAUUACUAUCGUGUAAAGUCACUUAAGCAGAAUGUUAUAUAUUGUCUAUUGUCUGUGUCAUUAUUGUCUGUGGUCUCUCUCU